AUGUCUUCCACUUCUUCGCCCGUGUCCCCUGUGGACGAAAAGAAUGUCGAGGCUCUCCCUACUUCUAUUUCAGAUGCCACUCAAUCAACUUCCGACUCCGGGCGUCUUCACGCCCUGGAGCAGCUAGAGAUCUUCCCCAAAAUGCUCCAGGAGGGCAUCAUUUUCGCCGGCGCCGGCGCUGCCCUCUUGCUCCAGGCUGCUCUACCUGGCAUCCGUGAUGGGGCAACAGGGGGUCACAAAGAGCUUGCGACGGAGCUCAUCGACACCCUCCAAGCUCACAUCAGCUACAUCUCCUGUCUGGUGUUUGGAACCCGCGCCGAGCGCAAGACUCUCCUAGACCUAUUGCACAAUGGCGAUCGCCCCUUAUUGGGCGAUGGGCACGCGACCCGUUUCGCAGCCCACCCAUCCAAGCAGCUAUGGAUGGCAGCGACGCUCUAUGCCACAUCGACCGAUUUCUACCAGCGCAUCUAUGGUCGCGUCGACUAUGCUAGUGCGCAGCGUGCAUAUAGUGAAUUCACCUUGCUCAUGAACUGCCUAGGCGUGCCAGCCGGGACAUGGCCAGCGUCCCGGCAGGAGUUCUGGUCGUAUUGGGAUGACCAGGUGUCGCAGUUGACGGUCUCCGAGGAUGCGGCACAGUUCGCAAAGGACCUCCGAGAGAGCACGGAGAUGCCGCGCUGGGUACAGUCCAUGAAGCCGUUCUUGCGAGUGGCGACGAUUGAAAUGUUACCGCCGCGAUUGCGAGAUGCUUAUGGGCUUAAAUCGACGGUGGGCACGAGGGCGCUGUAUCGGACUUAUAUGGGUUUCUCAGUUGCUCUGUACCCGGCUUUUCCUGAUAAGUGGAGGGCAUAUCCUUACAAGUUCUAUCAGGAUCGUCUGAAGGAGAAGUUGAAUGUGGUUUGA